UUCAGGCAAGCUUUAUUUGUUAGAGCAUACACAAAAUAUCACCAUGGUCGGCAGGGCUGGAGAGAUAACUAUCUGAUGACCCCAGCAGUUGUUGGUACUAGCUGUUCUUCCAGAAGACCUGCAUCCAGAUUGGGCAGCUCACAAGCCACCUGUAACUGCCGUUCCAAGGAAUUUGACACCCUCUUCAGGCCUCUGGGCAUUCAUACACAGGCAGAAUUCAGGUGCACAGACACAUACAUAGAAAUAAAUCUUUAAAGCAAAUAGCCCGUUGUUGCCCUCUUCCUAGAAGAUGAAAAGUCACUCUAUAAUGCAAAUAGGGUCAGGACCGCAACAUGCCUUCAUGACCCCUAACCUAGGCAAGUCACUUAAUGCCUGUGACCCUCAGCUUCCUCAUCUGCGUUUUCACAAGUUGCGUUAUGGAAAAAUGUUUAAUACCAUAAGUAGCAGAGAAUGAAGAUUGACACCUUGUAGCCACUGUGCUCUGCCACCAAGCCCUUCCUCGGAUCUGCUAACUUGUGGUAUGGUAAUACUUCCUGUGUGCCUGUCCAGGAGAUCCUGAACAGCUCCGGGGCUGGCAACAAAGUUCUCGGGAAGUUAAUGGGAAAGAGCCUGUCGGGAAGGAAGUGUGACUGUCGGGACAUAGGAGGCAGCUUCAAGAUACAGCUGUAGUUCUAGGAGAGAGAGAGACAGAGAGAGACAGAGGACAGAGGGGGCGGUGGGGAGACCCGGUCUGAGGAAGUAAACAAGGAGGAGUGCCACAACAGAGCCGGAGGGCUCUGCUGCUGGGAAUCAGCCCCCUCACUCUUUCCACUGCGAAUCGAAACCCCGAGCCCUGGCUGGGGGGCGGGCAGUGGGGAGGGGAAGUGGGGAAGGACUGGGGCCAGAGGAGCAGAUCAGCAUCCCAGCUCACGGAGGUGGCCUUGCCUCCACUGCUUUCUGCCCCAGCCCUGCGCUGGCCCAGGGGACCCCUUUCUGACCUCCCUUGGAGGGCCAGGGAGGCCCCGGCCAUAGAGGAGAUGAGGGAGGCUCUGCUCCGAGGCCUGUUGCUUCUGCGGCUGCUCUGGGAAGCUCCAGUCGUGGCUUCAGAGCCUGGAAGAGAGGACUCGGUGGUGUGGGCCCAGGAGGGCACGCCUGUCCAGCUUCCUUGCAGCCCUCAACUCCUCCACAGGAAUCUCAGCUUUCUGCGAAGAGCAGGGGUUACUUGGCAACAUCAGCCAGAUGGUGGCCAACCCGCUCCCACCUCUGCCUUUGACCUCAAGGGGAUGCCCUCGCCUGGGAGGUCCGCACCCCAUCAUCCCUACACCAUCCUGAGCGUGGCUCCUGGAGGCCUGCGCAGCGGGAGGCAGCCCAUGCAACCCCGCGUGCAGCUGGAGGAGCGCGGCCUCCAGCGCGGGGACUUCUCGCUGUGGCUGCGCCCAGCCCUGCGCGCCGACGCGGGCGGGUACCACGGCGUGGUGCGCCUCCCGGACCGCACCCUCUCCUGCCAUCUCCGCCUGCGCGUCGGCCAGGCCUCGAUGACCGCCUAUCCCCCAGGACCCCUCAGGCCAUCUGAUUGGGUCGUUUUGAACUGCUCCUUCAGUCGCCCUGAUCGUCCAGUCUCAGUGCACUGGUUCCAGGGCCAGAGCCGAGUUCCUGUCCACAAGUCCUCCCAUCGCUACUUAGCUGAAAGUUUCCUCUUUCUGCCCCAAGUCCGUCCCCUGGACUCUGGGAUCUGGCGCUGUGUCCUCACCUACAGAGAUGGCUUCAAUGUCUCCAUUACAUACAACCUCAAGGUUCUGGGUCUAGAGCCCCUGGCUCCUUUGACGGUGUACGCUGCUGCAGGUUCUAGGGUGGAGCUGCCUUGUCACUUGCCCCCUGGUGUGAGGACCUCUUCUUCACUCAUGGCCAAGUGGACUCCUCCUGGAGGAGGCCCUGAGCGCCUGGUGGCUGGAAAGAAUGGCGAUUUUACCCUUCAACUUGAGGCCGUGGGUCUGGAGCAGGCUGGGACCUACAACUGUAGCAUCGAUCUGCAGGGACAGUGGCUCAGCACCACGGUCACUGUGGCAGUCAUCACAGUGACUCGUCAAUCCUUUGGGUUACCUGGCUCCCCGAGGAAGCUGUUGUGUGAGGUAACCCCAGCAUCUGGACAAGAAAGAUUUGUGUGGCGUCCCCUGAACAACCCGUCCAGGAGUUCUCCAGGCCCCAAGUUGGAGAUACAGGAGGCCAGGCUCCUUUCUGAGCCUUGGCAAUGCCAGCUGUACCAGGGGCAGAAGCUUCUCGGAGCAGCGUUGCCCAUGGCAGAGUCUAGCCCAGGCGCCCGGAGUGCAAAGAGAACCUCAGGUGACCUUAAAGGAAGCCAUCUCUUUCUCCUCAUCCUCGGUAGCUUCUCACUGUUCCUUUUGGUGACUGGGGCCUUUGGCUUCCACCUAUGGAGAGGAAAGGUACUCCAAGGACGGAGCUCACUCUCCUCAGACCUCAGAGUGCUGUGUGGGACCCCUUCCUCGAGGAAGACAACUAUAGUCAAUUCUGAAUAUGCUCCCAGAGCCCCUGUCCUGGGAACACCUUGUAGCUGGGACCCAGAGCCCCUGUCCUGGGAACACCUUGUAGCUGGGACCCAGAGCCCCUGUCCUGGGAACACUUUGUAGCUGGGACCCACAGCCCCUGUCCUGGGAACACCUUGUAGCUGGGAAGUUCAGAGGGGCUGAAAGAAGGCCCUGGGUCAGAUGAGGAAGGCUGGAAAGAAAGCAGCAGAACUCAGUAUUUGCCCUGUUCCCUCCUCCUCCACUGCCUUUCCAUCUUUCCCUACAGUGGCUGCGGAGAAGAUUUUCUGCCUUAGAGAAUGGGAUUCACCCACCUCCGGCUCCGAGUAAGACAGAGGAGCUGGAGCAAGAACUGGAGAUG